AUGAAGCUCUCCAUCGUCAUCGCGCUCGCGCUCGUUAACGCUGCCGCGGCGUCCGUCAUCCCCCGUGUUCCAGCCGGCACCAGCGAGGAUAUCGGCGGCGGUCCCGGUCAAUCUUGGCGCCGUGUCGAGGAGGACAUCGUCGGUGGUGUCUUAAUCGUGCGCUUCCUCCACGACCGCACAGUGUGCCGCGCAAAGGCUGCGCGGGUACCGGCCUCGGUCCUUUCCGGAUCUCCUACCGGCCCCUACACCGUCCAGGUGAUGUCCCCGCGGCGAAGCUCGCGCAGUGGCACUGCGGCACUCCGCGACGAUGGGACAGUGCCGCCCUCUUCGCCACGCACCCGCCCGUUCCCUUCGACGCCAGCCCCCCGCUCGCCAGAUCGAUCUUGCAUCCCAGACAACCUGGCCGCAUCAGAAUGCCCUACACCACUGCCCGAAGACGCCGAGGGCUCGUAUGAAGAUGCCGGAUGCGAUGCGGCAUGCUGCGAUUCGGGGCGCGAGUACCGGUUCGGCGCCGCAGCUGCAAAGCAGGACCGCCAUCCUCAGUAUCCCGGCCCAGAACGCAGACUCGGAGGCUCAGACGACGCACCCUGCAACAUCUCCCGGUCGCUCCGCGCACGCGCGCGCCUCCGUCUGAGCCAGAGCAGCCCCACUAGCCCGGCCAAGAGCGUUAGCGCUCCCAGCGCGAUUCCCACUCCUGCUGCGACGCCCAGUCCCUUCUUGCCGCUGCUCGCCGCGCCCACAGAUGCACUGGCAGGGUCGCUGGGCACCAUCGCCGUGGGGUCAAGCGAUGUCGUCGUGGAGGCGCUCACCGAGCCCGACGCGGCGGAUGACUGCGAGGAGAGAAGACAGUCUGUGAAGCUACUGGCCCUGACGGUAAUGUUCACGGCCGCCUUCUCCCCGGUGGCGUCGGUGAAGGUGGCCAGGAGAGGCGUCCCGGCGGGCUCUGGGAUCGUGAACCGCCACGACCUCCCCAUCAGCGAAGGUCUACUAAAGACUGAAGGCCCGGGAUUGGCGGCGUUGGGACGCAGGAGGACGUCGAGCGAGAAGGGGGGGUUCCCGCCUGUGACAUUGAAGUGA